UGGGGGAAAUCAUAUCAUAUACUCCCAACCUUUUCUAAGCUAUUGUUCUUGUAUUAUUUCUUCUAAUUAGUAAUUUUUUGUGUGAAACAGUUGAAGGAAUUAUGGGUCGUCGUAAGAUUGAGAUUACGGAGGUGAAGGACUCCAACACCAAGCAAGUUACAUUUUCCAAGCGUCGAACAGGUUUGUUCAAAAAAGCAAAUGAAUUAUCCAUUUUGUGUGGAGCAGAAGUUGCUAUUGUUGUGUUCUCUCCUGGGAAUAAUCCUUACUCUUUUGGGCACCCAAGCGUUGAUGUUGUUGCAGACAAGUUUCUUAAACAAGAGCCGAAAUCAAAUGAUGUCCAGGGAACAUCUAUUGAGGUUGCUGAUAUGGAUAGGCUCAAUCAACAACUAUCCGAUGUUCAAAAUGAAAUACUCGAGGAACAAAAGAAGGCUGCAGAACUCAAUGAGAGACUGAAACAAAAAGGAGUCACACAACCUUUUCAAACUAAAGAAUUGCAAGGUUCAAAUUUAGAGAUCCAAAAGAUGAAGGACUGUUAUGAUGCAAUCGAGGUGUCAGAAUAUAUGUUGCUCCUUGCAAAAGAACCAGUAGUUGGAAUACCCGAACAAGUUGCUACUCAGGAAAGAAGAAGGAAUUAAUUGAUGCUCAGUAGCCACAUGCAUGUGAAAGUUUCCUUUACCCUAAAUCCUUGUUGCUCCCAACUCUCUUAGAGGUUGAGAAAAUAGUAUUUCUUGUUGUUUCAAUUUCAAAAUAUCACAAGGAAACAAAAAUAAAAUCUUUAAUUAUUUUGUCGAAUGUUGUUAUUGUAUUUGUGUAGGAAUCAAUUGUUUUAA